AUGUCUAUGUCGGGUUUUUUCCUUCGUCUCAGUUGUCUCUUCGUGUUAUCAUUCUCGGUGUGUUCUACCUCUCCAGAAGAUCACAUCAAGUGUUCAUCAUCAAAUAACACAGACUGCACCAUCACAAACGCCUACGGCAUUUUCCCCGACCGAACAGUCUGCAAAGUCAGAGGUGUAACCUACCCUAAUUCAGAGGAAGAGCUCGUUUCGACAGUGGCCUAUGGAAGCAAGUACAAAAUCCCAAUGAAGGCGUCAACUCGUUAUGCUCACAGCAUUCCCAAGCUCGCCUGUCCGCGAGGCGAAGAAGGGUUGAUCAUCAGCACCAAGAACCUCAACCGCGUGGUGGGAAUCAACGUCCAAGAGCUGACAAUGACGGUGGAGAGCGGCAUGACGCUUCGGCAGGUGAUCGGUGAGGCUGCUAAGGUUGGCUUGGCCUUGCCUUACACACCAUACUGGUGGGGGGUGAGCCUUGGAGGGUUGUUAGCGACUGGUGCCCAUGGUAGCACAUUAUGGGGAAAGGGAAGCGGGGUUCAUGACUAUGUGGUAGGACUUCGGAUUGUGAGUCCUGGUGGACCUCAAGAUGGUUAUGCCAAGGUGAGAAUUCUCAGUCAUGGUGAUGAAGAUCUCAAUGCAGCUAAAGUUUCGCUUGGAGUUCUAGGAGUAAUUUCACAGGUCACGUUGAGUCUGCAACCAAUGUUUAAGCGAUCCAUCACAUAUUUGAGCGAGGGCGACUCCGACUUGGGAGAUCAAGCGCUCAACUUUGGCAAGCAGCAUGAGUUUGCAGACAUAAUAUGGUACCCCAGCCAGCACAGGGCAGUCUAUCGGAUCGAUGAUCGUGUCUCAUCAGACACUUCCGGUGAUGGUUUAUACGAUUUCAUUCCUUUCCGUCCAACCCCGUCGCUUGCACUGGCUGCCAUCAGAACCACAGAGGAGACUCAAGAAUCCAUGAAUGACGCUAAUGGGAAAUGCUACAGUGCAAAGUUGGUCACAUCUGGGCUCCUAGCCAGUGCUUAUGGUUUAACAAACGAUGGUUUGAUCUUCACUGGCUACCCCGUUAUCGGAUAUCAGAACCGAAUCCAAUCAUCCGGGACUUGUCUUGAUAGUCUUGACGACGCAAAAAUCACAGCAUGCCCAUGGGACUCGGGAGUUAAGGGUGAACUUUUUCACCAAACUGCAGUCAGCAUCAGCUUGUCCCUGGCCAAAAACUUCAUUCAAGAUGUCCAAAAGCUAGUUGAGAUCGCACCCGAAUCGCUCUGUGGAACCGAAAUCUACAACGGAUUCCUGAUGCGCUACGUCACUGCCUCGACUGCUUACCUUGGCAAGCAAGAAGAUGCCCUAGAUUUCGACAUCACAUAUUACCGAAGCAGAGACCCCAUGACCCCUAGGCUAUAUGAAGGAAUACUUGAAGAAAUAGAGCAAUUGGCUUUGUUCAAGUAUGGAGCACUUCCCCAUUGGGGAAAGAAUAGGAACAUAGCAUUUGACGGGGUGAUCAAGAAGUACAAGAAAGGUGAAGAGUUCUUGAGGGUUAAAGAUGUGUAUGACCCGAUCGGGCUAUUCUCUAAUGAAUGGAGUGACCAGGUCCUAGGAAUUAAGGGUGGAGUGACCGUAGCGAAGGAGGGGUGUGCGCUAGAAGGGCUCUGCAUCUGCUCAGAGGACAUUCAUUGUGCCCCAAGCAAGGGCUAUUUCUGUAGACCUGGCAAAGUGUUUAGGGAUGCUAGGGUUUGUGCACCUUGA